GCACAAACCAAACUGCGCAUGCGUGUUGUGGGCAGCGUCAGUAACACGGAAGUGCAGUCACAGAUUGGAGGUUUCUAAGUGCUGCUGUUCACUUGUUUCGACUCAAGCCAACAUUAUCUGUACCUCAAUCAAUCAAUCAAGAUGGCAGUGGACUGGAUUGGAUUUGGCUAUGCUCUCGCCAUCGCCUUUGGAGGAUAUAUGGGUUACUCGAGAAAAGGCAGCACGAUGUCCCUGAUGGCUGGUUUAGUUUUUGGUGGGUUCUCUGCUUAUGGUGCAUACAACAUCUCUUUUGACCCAAAGGACAUCAAGGUCUCUUUGCUAACUGCUGGAGCCCUUUCACUCGUGAUGGGAAUGAGAUACAAGAAAUCUGGGAAAAUAUUGCCUGCUGGCAUUAUGUCAGGGCUAAGUUUGCUGAUGGUGUUUCGGCUGUUACUACUCCUCAUGGUGUGACCAGAGGAAUAACUGGACUGACGCUCUCUGUCUAUCAAUGGACCAUUCUUGUUUGAAUGAAAAGCAUUCCCAGCAUACUAAAACAACCCUUUUGUUUGGUAUGGUUACUUAAUUUACAUGUGACCAGAACUAAAGUCACCAGUCAGUGUUUUACAGAUUUAAGAUUAACAACAUAUAUUAUUGCAGUAAGUCGGCAGUGGUGAUGUUAAAUAAAUAAAACAGCUUUUUCUUAUAUAUCUGCAUGAAUGUAAAUCUCAUGCUCUAAGAUUAACAUGUACAUAAGUUUAUGUUGACAGGGGGUUAACUCUAUUCACUAAAACUACAGUUUUGCAGGCUGCUUAAGUAUCAAACUCUCAAAUUAAAGAAAAAAGGAAGCCAAUAUAUUCGUGACUGCUCACAUACUAUGUCUUUAACUUCAAAUGAUAUUUACUGUGAAUUAGUCUGUGAUUUUUGUAUUCAUGGGGAAACUAAAUAAACAAAUAUGAUUCCGUAAAUAAUUUUUUUUUUGUAUUUAAACAGUGUGGAUAUUAUACAAAUCCUGUCAUUGAAUUAACACAGCACUAAGAAACACAGCAGCUUUUCAAAUGUUUGUCCAAUUUAUUUGCAGUGAAAACUUCAUAGAUUCCAGUCAAACUAAUGUCAAAGUCUGUAAUGGUUAGUGAAGUGUUCAAAUAUAGUUGAUCAACAUCGACAAAA